GAGCUGAUCGUGAAUGCCCCGCCCUGCUGUUUCGCGCGUGCAUGUACAUCUGCCACGUUCUGCAACGUGUGAUCAAACGCAAUACAAGUAUCGUCACUAUAAAAGAGGCUCGCAAAGUACCUGGCUGUAGCUGCCGGCGAUAGUCACAUGAAUUGAACGCUGUUGUCAUCAAGAUGGGAACGUUUGUCUGCCUUAUGCUGCUCGUUACAUGCUGCACACUUGCUGAAGGUGCAUGCCCAGUUGGUUUUCAUCAUCAUGGCGAAUCGUGCUACUGGUUUUCACGUGUAAAGGGAAAUUUUGCUGAAGCCGGGUCGAUCUGUCGGUUCUUGGGCAGCCACCUGGUCGUCAUCACAAGUGCUCCCGAGGAUGCCUUUAUUAGAGGUUAUGCAACACAAACAGGCAAGGCUUUUGCCUAUUACAUCGGCGGGAGUGACCUGGGGCUGGAGGGGCGAUACGUGUGGGACGGGGAUCAACUCCUUACCUACACCAACUGGUCACCAGGAAAUCCCAGCAAUUAUUUUAAUGUGGAACACUGUCUUCAAAUAUGGCAGGUCAAUGGAUAUCAAUGGAAUGAUGUUGACUGCAAACUUGUCAACAAUUUCAUCUGUGAAAGGCCAUAUUAACAUGUCAAAUAAAGGCCACUGAUUGAA